AUUCAGUUUCAAUUGACAUUUGACUUGGCACAGCUCGUUGUUUACAAACGAGUCUAUUCCGUGCUGCAUCAACAUUCUGCCCAAAAACCAUCAUAAAAUAGGUUUAAGAAUGAAUUCUGCCACUAAGGUAGGGGAGAUUUUUACCGCUGCCGGUGCUGCAUUCAACAGCCUGGGAGAGCUAACGAUGCAACUGCACCCUUCGUCCGAUUCUCCAACCGGGAGCAAAUGGACAGAUGAAGAAAUAGAGAUGCUUCGGUCCGCAGUCACACGGUUCAGUGAGGAUUUGAGCAAAAUCAGUCAGCGCAUCAAAGGCCGUACGGUAUCGCAAAUCCGGCACACGCUCAAGAAGAAAGCGUUCGAAGAUGCUGGCCUACCGGUCAGGCAGCUAACGCAACCCACUUCCACACAGUCACAUCAUCUGCAGCAACAAGCGCAGCAGCAGCAGCAAAUCAUUGUUACGUCCUCUGCACACUACGAGGAGGGAGUUCCUUCCUCUACCGUAAUUGCACAUCCGAUGGUGAUCGAAUCGGUCAUAAAGGACGAUAAUACCGAGUCGAGCGGGUUGCUUUGCCAACCGGCCGACAUUUCGAUGACGCUGAACCGGCUAAACACGCAGGAACACGAGGCAGACGUGGAGGGAAUGGCUUCCAGCGAAAUGAAGCUCGAGUUCGAACCGGGCACCGAAGAAGUGGCCGGGUGAAACGAGGAUGAUUUUUACUACAGCGAACCGAAGGAUUAGUACUGGAUGUUAACCGGCAAUACUAUUUCGCGCGCGCGUGCGGUAUGUUCUCUGAAAGUAGUGUAACGAUGCAAUGGGUAUAUGGGUAGCCUAAAUUGAAACCAAUCUUCCCUCCCUUCAUGCAGUAGAUUCCUCGGUGGCCAACUCUAUGACUUUAAAACGAUCUCCCGAACGAACAAGUCGUACAUAUUGGUUGUGUCAAUGGUUGGGAAAGAAGUUCAUGUGUGUUUGUGUGUUUCAGUUUUAAUAUGUGCGGUGUUCAUUCGCAAGGGCCCAAGAUGUGGUGGUCGCAUUGUCUUUUGUAUAAAUAAAUGUGUGCAUCGAGUCACUGAUGCCUCUCGUCUCGUA